UGUCCCAAAUCGUGAUCCGUAGCCGUGUCUCGUCUCAUUGUUAGGGUUUGCUCCGACCGAGAGGACGCUGCCUACGAUACCUUCUUAUCGCCGGCUUGCACUCGUCGCCAAUCCGGGAGAUCCUGCUACUUCCUCUGUUUUCUGAUUGACAUUUUCGCUUUUCCUGUCUCCUUUAGGUUCGGUUUCUCCUUGGCCCGGAAAUGCCCAGCCGUUGCCCCUUUUUCUGUUUGAUCGUGUUGAAGAUCUCGAUUUCCAAUGAGGAGGUACAGUCCCCCUUACUAUAGUCCACCCAGGAGGGGUUAUGGUGGCAGAGGAAGAAGUCCACCUAGGAGAGGGUAUGGUGGUGGUCAUGGCGGGAAGGAACAGGGAUCUGGUAGCCUUUUGGUUCGAAAUAUUCCUCUAACUUGUCGACCUGAGGAUCUUCGAGUUCCAUUUGAAAGAUUUGGUCCUGUUCGAGAUGUUUAUAUGCCAAAGGAUUACUAUUCUGGAGAGCCUCGUGGAUUUGCAUUCAUAGAGUUUGUUGAUCCUUAUGAUGCUUCAGAGGCACAAUAUCACAUGAAUCGGCAAGUGUUUGGUGGUAGGGAGAUAGCUGUGGUUGUUGCAGCUGAGUCAAGGAAAAGGCCAGAAGAUAUGCGUAAAAGAGCUAAAGCCAGAGGGCCAUCUGGUUAUGAUCGCCGCCGCCCUUCUCAUUAUGGACGCUCUCGUUCAAGGUCACGCUCACGAUCUCCCCGUUAUUCUUCAAGGGCCCGACAUCACUCACGAUCCUACUCUCCCGCACCAAAAUCCCGCCAUGACAACUACUAUUCUCCAAAGAGAAGACAACGCAGUUAUACAAGAUCCCCUAGAGACCAUUCCAGGGAACACAUUCAGGAUGAAGACCACCGAAUCAAUUCUCCAAGCUACAUUGAUACUGAUAGAAAUGGAGAUGCUAAUGGUCACGAAGAGAAGCCUCAUGAUGCUGAGGGAUCAAGAUCCCAUCGCAGGUCGCCAAGGCAUCCUUCAGUUUCACCUCCAGGAUCAAGGUCAAGAUCUACUGAUUCAAGUCCUAGGCGAAACAGCAAGUGAAUGGCACAACUUUUAUUCAUUUCAGCUUCAAUAAGCAUCUUGUACCUUUCAUGGCAACCAGAAACUAGAUGACACUCCCUAGUUUUGAAGUCUUUUUGUGCUGGACGAGUUAUACUAGGAUUCUGUGGGUUGGCCUGUGAGAUAUUUCACAUGGAUUGUGAUGUUAAUUAAAAACCCUAUCUAUUUGGCUUCAUUAAAAACUUAUCCAUCAUCAUGUUUGAGUUAAAUUUCAUUGCAAAACUUUUAAGUGUAAUCUUGGGGGUGAUUGGUUUGGUCCUCAAAA